AUGCACAGCCUCAGCCCCCUUCUCUUCGCCGCCCUCACAGCAGCCAAAGUCUACACCAUCGACGUCGGCGAAUCCGGCCUGCACCUCUCUCCGCAAACCAUCUCCCCGGCCAUCGGCGACACCGUAAUCUUCCACCUCUACCCGCGCCACAACGUUGUCCAGACCUCCUUCUCCAGCCCCUGUGUCCCCUCCACCGGCAAUGGCUUCUUCUCCGGCCCAUUCGACAACACGGACAACGGGGAGAAGAAGUUCGUCGUGAAUGUGACAACUACGAGUCCGGUGUGGUACUACUGCGCGGUGCCGACGCAUUGCCAGAAGGGGAUGGUUGGGGGGUGGAAUGUGCCGGAAGAAGGCAACACGAUCGAAGCCUUCGCUUCCGCCGCGGAGGGCGUGGACACCUCCGAAGCGCCAUCUUCUAUGCGCGGCGGUCAGCUGCUUGAUGAUGAGCAGAUUAUGUCGCUUACGGCUACUGGGUCUUCCUCGCCGUCUACUACUGCGUCCGGAAGGUAA